UUCUUAAAGCUAGAGCUUCCUUUCAUGUCUGAGAGGAUGUUUUCCCAUUUACAGAUGGUGAUAGCAACUCUAUCUGUCACUUUGCUGGUGUCUAGCGUCAGUUCUGCACCAAGAGGACACAUGCUGCUCCAGCUAAUCCGCUCAGAAGUAGACCCCAAGGAAAAUGAGCUUCAGGACCUCUCUCGUUUACUCCUGCUGAAGCAGCUCUCUGAGUCAGUGGCACCUGAAGAGACAGAUGCUCUUGCAAGCAUUGAUGAUGUUGAUGUUCACAAUGAAGUUGUUCGCCAGAUUCCUCUGUCUCAGCGAGAAAGAAAAGCAGGCUGCCGGAAUUUCUACUGGAAGACCUUCACCUCUUGUUAGUUACCUUUCUGAUUCUACUCGUCUUUCUUAAAAUCUCCAGACUAAAACCCUUUCAACAUCAUACUUGUGAAGGUGUUGUAUAAUUGUUGUUGUAUUCAUAUAUAUAAUGGACUGACCGAUCUGCGCUCUUGCAUUUUUUUCUCUUUAUCUCUUAUACAGUCUUCAUUUACCAUGAAUGCUCAUAUUAAAGAGAAAAUGGUACUUUUUGCACAAAGUAAAACAUUAGAAAGAUGGAAUCAAUCAUCAGCACAAGCAAGUAGAGACACCAGUAAUACUAUUCAAUACAAAGAGAGCUUAACCCCAUUUAUUUCUGUAUGUAAUUUCUCUAUGUAUGUAUUCUCUAUAUGUAUUUUGUGAACAGAUAACAAUCAUGCACUGUAUGCUGUAUAACAUGUCUGUGUUAAGGGUACUAUAAAGAUUGAUUGCAGUGAUUAUGGUUAAGUUUUAAAUUACAUUUUUAAGAAUCUACAGCUGAUAAAGGCUUUGCAACUUUGCAAUAGUGGAAAUGUCUUGCUCCUCUUCUGUAAUAACUGUGUUCAGGGAAAGUGCGUAAGUGUAAUCAAUUGGAUGUAAUACAAACAGCAAAAACACAAAAGAGCGUUUCAAUUUGUUUUCUUUCAGUUCAUCAGAUCAUAAAUCAAAACAUGAGUCAGUACAAAUUGGAAGACAACACACUGGACGAAACACAUUGGCUGUAAAAACGUAUAGAUUUCUGAAAUACAUCAUUUCCUUCCUACAAUCAGCAUCAUAGUCAAAAUAAAUGCAACACACCCACAAAAACUGCUCACAAAUCCAAACAAGCCCUGAAGUCUACUGGCAGUUUAAAAGUACAUCAGCCAUUUAUUAAACUGUGCAGUGCUAAGGUCAUUUAUUAGUCAAUAAUCAUCUACAAAGGCAACAGGUUUGGAAAAAUGAUGCUAUUUGGCAAAAACGUGA